AUGGAUUCGACGAUGAUGUGGAUUGUGCACAAUGCAAUGAACAAAGCUCAUGCGAAAAUGAAAACGAAAGGAGGGGUUCUUGAGCGGUUAAAUGGGAUUUCGAGGUUCUAUGAAUUGGCUGCAAUGCAGUUGGAGGGGUGUUUAAAGUUUGUUCGAGAAGAAACCAGCUACAUUCUUGAGAGCAGUGAUGAACAGGUGCUUUCGGAUUUGAGUGAGAUUCGUGACCGCCUUCAUUUGCGUCUCAAGGAGUCUGAGAUGGCUAUCAAGGACAAGGACAGGGAGUUGGCUUCUCUGAGGGCGAAUCUCAACAAGCCUGUGAGGUCGAAGAGUGAUCCUCUAGAGGAGUACAUGGUUAGUAAUCGAGUGAGUGAAGAGGAUGAUGGUAGAGAUAGUGAGAUCUGCGAGUUGAAGAAUUCGGUUGAUCAGCAGGUUUGGCAUAUCAGGCAACAGCUUGAGCCGGAGUACAAGUGGUUGAACAAUAAGAAGAUUGAGCAUUUGGAUUCGGAUAUAGGGGUGUUGAAGGAGACUUUGGAUCUUGCUUUUGGGAAAAUGCAGAAGGCUAUUUUUGGUUCUGAGGUGAGGCCAGUAGAGCAGCAAUGGCAAGAGGCUGUGGAAAGAGAUACAAUUUCUGUUUUGCUUGAAGGGUUUAUGAAGGAUUUGCGAGAAACUGUUGAAGAGCAUGUGUGCAAGAAGCAAGAGAAGCGGGUUUGUUUUGGCUUGAAGGAGUACUGGUCUGAUUUGAUGAAUGAGGCUGAGAACUUGCGUCACGAUUUAGAGCCUUUGGCUGUUCAAAAUGAGGUGCCAAAGUGUAAGACGAGUCACGAGAAGAGUUCAGCAGAUGAUUCAGAUCAUGGAAAGCUUGAAAGGCAGCGGUCCUCAAAGGGUGAAGGACUUAUGCAAGAACAAGAUGAAGAGGAAAAGAAAGAGGAGGAAGGCCGCUUGGUUUCUAAGAUGAUAAAGAAUCAUGAAUCAAUUAUCCAGAAGAAAAGUGCGGAGGCAGAAGAGCUGAAUACUCUGAAGCGGGAAAUUCUACGACAUAAAGCGAAUUUGUCUAGCAGGAGAGAAGAGGACACAUUUGUGAAAAGAAGGAUGCAAGAAGUUAUGGUGAGGCUAGAGAAAUUGAGAGAUUGGGAUGCCAAGUUGCAAGAGAGUUUUGCUAAUUAUGAUAAGUUUGUUCAUGGGCAAGAAACUCCUUCGGAGAAGAGGUCUCCAAAAUCUGAUGCAACUUUUUCUGAGAACUUGGAACUUGAUACUUUGUCAGAGAUAUGGGAGAAGAUGGAUAAAGUCCCCUAUGGAGUAGAUGGAGAACACCAAAAUGAGGGGAGGAUGCUGAAGCAAGAACAAGACGAAUCAAACUUCAAAAAUUUUGUGAUGAAAGAGAUCUAUGUUACUAUUUUGGAAGGCUUAGUACAAGAAAAAUGUAUUGAGCUAUAUGAUAAUGAGUUGGAAAACCUGCUGUGGAGGGAUCUAUGCCAGGUUUUAUUGACAGAAGUGAUGAAUCAGUGGAAAGAAAACACUGAGAGUAACAACAUUGAAUCUCAAACCAGGGAAGAGCUGUACUGCACUAUUCACUACACAGUCCUUAGUGAGGCACUCAAGGAUUAUGGAUCAAGUAUUAACUUCGCAUUAGCAGAGUCUCGCAAUUUGAGGGCUGAUAAUAACUUAGAAGCUGCAAUAAGAGAGGAUAUAUGUUUGAAUCUUUUCCGUGAAACAACUAAAGAAUGGACUAAAUGGAAAGCUGAUUAUGAAACUGCAUACCUUCUAAGAGAAGAUAUAGACCAGCUAGUUUUUCAUGAAACCAUCAAAGGUAUUAUUGACACUUCGAGUUAUCAUAAGGCUCAACAUCAAGAUAUUGUUGCCAGGAACUUUCUUCAAAGCGCGGAAAGUUUAGUUAUGGAGGAUAUCUAUAUGGUUUUAAUCAGAGAAACAAUUAAGGAAUGGUAUACGGAGUUGAGUGCUUUUCAUAUGGAGAAUAUAAUUAGGGAAGAAAUAUAUCAAUUUGUCAUUGUUGAGGCCUUGAAAGAUGCAUUUGUCCUGUUUAAGGAAGAAGCUGAUUCUGGGAAUCAGGACAAAUUCUCUAAGGCUAUUCUUUCCACAAACCAUUUACACAAUAAUAGACAGGUCAGUAGUUCAGAUGAAAAUGUGAAUGAAAAGAUUGGUUCUCGUUUGUGCUGUUUAGAAGUUGAGGAAAACAUGGAGCAAAGUGAAAGUUUUGAAAUGAAGGGAUACAAUGCAGACCUUGACUUUGUAAGUUUGGAAUGUGAAGCAGGUCAGCUGGGUUCUAGUGUCGGCAUAAUGGUUGGUGAUUCUGAGAAGGAUUAUAAUCAAGUGCCUUUGGAAGUAGGUUCUAUACAUUACGAAAAGUUGACUUAUUGCCAGCCAAAAGCAUAUGAAAAGGUGCUGACAAAUCCAUCUGACUCUAUGUUUACACCUUUCCUCCAACUUUCAGAAGAGUUGGUGAAUUUUCAGCACACUACAAACGAAAAGUUGGAUGUGAACUUCUCAAGAAUGGACAGCAUGAAGCAUCAUGUAGAUAAACUUGCUGUACUGGUUUCUUCCUUACGAAAAGAGAAAUCGCUUUAUAAGGAAGCUUUUAGAAGGAGAUGUCAUGAUCUCUGGAAGGCUGAAACUGAGGUGGAUCUUCUGGGCGAUCAAGUUGAUGUUCUACUAGGUCUUCUUGAGAAAAUAUACACAAUACUGUAUCCUCAUUCACCAGUUCUGCAGCAGUAUAUUGAGGUCUCGGACAUCUUAGAGUUGAUGAAGAAGGAACUUAAUGGCGUUUUCAAAGCUUCUGAAGAUUGA